AGCGUACACGUGCGAACUGAAUUUAUCGAAGACUGAUAGUUAGGCCUAUCAAAAUCAACCUGUAGAAUUUAAAACAAUUUAAUUUUCCGACAAAACAUGAAGAAAAAGCAGGUUGAAAGUGCAUCCGAAGAGGAGGAGCUGCUGUCAGGAGACUCUGAAGCAUCCGAUGGCGAAGAGCAGUCAGGUGUCUCCGAGGAGGAGGAUUCCGAUGGUUCCGAACUGGAUCUGGCCGCCAGUGCCACGGAAUCCGAUGAAGAUGAUGAUGAGGAUGAGGAGGAAGCUGAUGAUGAUGAUGAUGAGGAUAAGGAGGAAGAAGUGCAGCCCGCACCCAAGAGCAAGGCGGAGAUAAUCGAAGAGCAGAUCCACACCAAGUACGAGCAGCUAAAGGGCACCCGGCUGUAUGUCCGCUUUCCCCAGAAAUUGCCGCUGGAUGUGGAGGAGUUUAAUGCCAAGGUGAAGGCACUGCAUCCACUGGUGCUUAAGUCGUCAAAGCCUCGCCAGAAGCACGCCCGCUUCUGCCUGGUGGACUUCAAGUCCAAGGAGGACCGCGACCAGGCCUUCAAUGACAUCAAAGCCUCCAUCGAAAAGGAUGCAAAGUACAAGGGUAUAUUUGUAUCCCUGCCCAAAACGGAUUCUGAUGAUUUUGUCAACGAGCUGGUGACCCGCAAGCAGACAUCCGUGGAGAACAAGCGCACCAAGACGCUGAUGAAGCGAGCCACCAAGAAGGUUCUAAGAAAGGGCAUUUUCACCUCAUCCGUGGUCAUCACCAAUCUGCCCAAGACCAGUUCGGUGGCCCAGGUGCGCCAGCUGUUCGAGGAGGCGGUGGACAUUCAGAUACGCCCUGGCAAGGGAAAAUUCCGUGACUAUAGUGCUGCGACCGUAACCCUGCCAACCACUCACGCUGCACGCAAGGUCAUCAAACAAAAGCUCAGUCUGGCGGGCACCCAACUGAUACUGCGGUUCAACACUGAGAACAAGCGGAACCCGAAAGAUAAGCUAAAGCGAAAGCGGGAGAACGGGAAAUCCCCCGACAAGAAAUUCCAGAAGCCAAAGUCACAAGAUAACGAGAAAUCCAAGGCGGUAAAAGGGGAAGCCCCCGAAAUCAAGAAACCAGAAAAGAUCAUCCAACAAAAACCGAAAGAAAACCUGAAGAGAAAGGCGUCCAAGGGAAAUUCCCUCAAUAUUAAAACAUCAAAAAAGUUAAAGAAACUAAGUGCAGAAUAGAAAGUAGUUAAGGUUUCCUAAUGUUAAUAUUUCCCAUUCUUGAUUGACAAAUAAAUACAUAUGUAUGUGUUAAACGAAACACUUAAUGUCUUAAUCUAUUAUAUUUGUCUUUCUGAACCAUCCUGUUUAAUAAAGAUUUUAGAGAAAUAUGUUUGUGAA